GUAUCAAAAUGACUCAAUUUCUGGUUCCCAAACUCAAUCUAUUUUUUUGCUCCCAAACUCAGAACAAAAGAAGAGCUCCUUUGGUCACAUAUAAUGUCAAUUGUAUUCUCCGCAGCUUCAAACCUUUCUUGGCACAAAGAUUGUCGUCAAAGCUCUCCUCCAAUUGGAAGUUGGAGAUUGAAAUCGAGGAUUCAGUCAUGUAAGAACUCUUUGCAAUCCGAUAUUUACACUCAACAUAGGGUUGGUGCACGGUCGACGGGACCCAUUCAACCUACUCACCUCAUUCAAGUCGCUACAACUGCUGCUCAGACUGGUGCACAGGUUGUGAUGGAUGCUGUUAAUAAGCCACGGAAUAUUACAUAUAAAGGAUUAACUGACUUGGUGACUGAGACGGAUAAAAUGAGUGAAGCUGCCAUAUUAGAAGUGGUGAAGAAGAAUUUUGACGAUCAUCUUAUUCUUGGGGAAGAAGGCGGCAUAAUAGGAGAAGCGGCUUCCGAUUAUCUCUGGUGCAUUGAUCCCUUAGAUGGGACAACAAACUUUGCACAUGGCUAUCCCAGCUUUGCUGUUUCUGUUGGGGUUCUAUAUCGAGGAAAUCCUGCUGCUGCUACCGUGGUUGAGUUUGUUGGUGGUCCUAUGUGUUGGAAUACUCGCAUUUUUACUGCAACUGCUGGUGGUGGAGCAUUCUGCAACGGCCAAAGGAUCCAUGUGAGUGCAACUAAUCAGGUGGAACAAUCUCUUCUAGUGACAGGUUUUGGGUAUGAACAUGAUGAAGCCUGGGCUACUAACAUAGAGUUAUUCAAAGAAUUUACGGAUGUCAGCAGGGGUGUAAGACGGCUUGGUGCAGCUGCCGUGGACAUGUGUCAUGUGGCUUUGGGAAUUGUAGAAGCUUAUUGGGAAUAUCGUCUAAAGCCAUGGGACAUGGCUGCUGGUGUUUUGAUGGUAGAGGAAGCCGGUGGCACAGUAUCUCGGAUGGAUGGAGGAAAAUUUUGUGUUUUUGAUAGAUCUGUUCUAGUUUCAAACGGCGUCCUCCAUACAGAGCUUCUGGAGAGAAUUGGACCUGCAACAGAGGAAUUAAAAAGUAAGGGAAUUGAUUUCUCAUUAUGGUACAAACCUGAGGACUACAGGGCAGACGUUUAACGACCCAAUAAAGUAAGGAUUGAUUUCUCUUUAGAUUUUCUGUCCCUGGUAGAAAUCUUUCGAUAAUUGUUGUUAUAAAUUGCAUUUGCAUAAACUGUACCUUAUUGCUUAUACUUUCUUUAAAAUUUUAAUGUUUUGGACAUUAAAAUGCCUCCAAUAUAUUUCUGUAAAGGCGUUAUUUUCGUAACUAUUUCUUACAUUCUCAUUGCUGUUAACAUAAACAGCGUCACAUAGAUUAGAUAAUUGUCCAAAAUUGGCUUGCUGCUUUUUUUAUA